AUGAUACAAGGAGGCGACUUUGUCAAGGGAGAUGGGACAGGCUCCACCAGCAUAUUUGGUAGUGACUCUUUCUCGGACGAGUCAUUCACCUUCAACCACGAAAAGUAUAGCGUUUCCAUGGCUAAUCUGGGGCCCAACACCAACGGAUGUCAAUUUUUCAUUUGCACAGCGAAAUCACCUCAUUUAGAUGGAAAGCAUGUUGUUUUCGGACGUAUCGUAGAGGGAUUCGAUGUCGUAGAUGCUAUGAACACAGUAUCUGCAAAGCGUGAAGCCCCAGUAAAAGCGAUCGUCAUUGAGGAGUGUGGUGAGAUGUGA